AUGGUUGCCGCAGACUCCAUGUGGGUGGAGAGGUACCGGCCCCAGAGGCUCUCAGAUGUUGUGAACCAGAGGGAGAUAAUUGGCAGUAUCGAGGCACUGCUCAAAAAGGAGUCGGAGAUGCCGCACAUGCUCUUCUCGGGUUCUGCAGGAAUCGGCAAGACCACCACGGCUCUGUGCGUUGCAAGGCAGAUACUUGGAGACAACUGGCGCGAGUACAUGCUUGAGCUCAACGCGUCUGAUGAGCGCGGAAUCAACAUGGUUCGGGAGAAGGUAAAAAAGUUCUCCCGUUGGGCCAGCUUUGGUGAUAUUCCGUUCAAGAUCAUAAUACUGGACGAGGCCGACGAGAUGACGUCAGAUGCCCAGACCGCCCUGAGGCGGAUCAUCGAGGACACGGCUAGACACUGCCGGUUCAUCAUCACUGCAAACAACAUCUCCAAGAUUAUCGAACCGAUCCAGAGCAGGUGCGCGGUCUUCAAGUUUACCGCGGUCUCGCGGCAGGAUGUGGUAUCUAGGUUAAAGGCGAUUGCCGAAAAGGAGGGUACGGAGUCAGACGAGGACGGGCUGCAGGCGGUGUAUGACUACGCCGGGGGCGACUUGAGGCAUGCGAUCAACCUUCUGCAGACCGUCGCCAGCAUGGGCGGAAUCACCGAGGAUCGCGUAAAGACGGCGGCGGGCCUGACAAAGUCAGAGGACGUCAAGGUGGUGCUAAAGCUUGCGCUUGGCGGCAAAUUCCCCCAGGCGCGGGAGAAGAUGAUAGACCUCGUCAAGGUGUACGGGAUGUCCGAGUCUGACUUCCUCAAGUAUCUUUGCGCUGCGGUCUUUGGGGGCAGAACGGAUCACGCAGGUGACAUACUCGAGAUUAUCGCAAAGUACGACUACCGGAUACUGGCGGGAUCCAACCCGGAGAUUCAGCUCUCUGCGCUCCUAGCAGAGCUUGCCCGGGUGCCAAGAUAA